AUGGCUACUACAGGAUCAACUGAUACAGGCCUAAACACAAUUGCCAUGUCGGAUAUGUCUACUUACCACAUGGUGCUUCUGUAUCUCUCGUCUUUCCUUGGAUCCCAUGUCACUGUUUCCUUUGGCGUUGUCAUGGUUCGACGUUACUACUUUCAAAAACGAUUCGAAGAAGUAUUAGAGUUCAACAAAAAGCGGAAAGAAGAGUAUAAACGGCAAAAGCAACUACGUGAACAGCAAGAGCAACAGCGAAAACGAGAACAGCACAAAGGAGCAUUAGGCCGUCGUUUAUCACUUUUGUCUGUGCGCUCUACACCUGUAGGACACGCUACGCCUCGUCAUUCCAUCUUCAAUAGGUCUUUUUUUAGAAGAGGCUCGCUUGAUACGGAAAACGACAAGAGUGAUCGUAAUCGAUACUCUGAAGACAACCAUAAAAUAAAGUUACAGCCUAAUUAUAACUUUAGCGAAAAUAAUUCCCAGAGUGUUUUUGACAUGAAGCAAAACACCCUCGCUCAUCCAUACGAUACUACUCACUCUUCACCCUCUUCAUCGGCUUAUCGCAGCAGUAGUGAUCAUCUCAACAAUACCCAAAGCAACCAUUGGAAUAAUAAAAAUUUAACUUCUGACAAAAACACUGCAAAUACUAACAGCAACAAUAAUCAACAGAUCACUUUUCGAGAAGAUACGAAUAUCUUGCGUGAACGAGAACGACGGAAACUUAUGCAGCACCGUCUAGAAGAAGAAGUGAUGAACAACAAUAGCAACAACAAUAACAGCCAGCCUCAACACAUCAUUAUAGAAGAACCUACCAUUUAUCGCACCAACUCUGAAUAUGAAAUUAUGUGCCAACCAUCAGCCAAAUCCCAGCUUACGAAAAAUGAACGUUAUCGCAUCGGCGGUACCGAAUAUCGUGCUUUGGAUAUGCUUGCCCGGCUUGUUCCCAUCUACUAUCUGGGCUUCAUUGUCGGUUUCGGGUUUCUAUUUCGUAUUUAUGUCGCUAGCUCCAGUUACGCUAGAGAGGUGCUUGCCACCUCGAAUGGGCCAGACAAGGGCCCUGUGGAUCCAUGGUUCUUCUCCUUCUUUCAAAGUCUUUCUGCUUUUACUAAUCUUGGCCUGAAUCAUCUAGACGCUAGUAUGGCACCUUUUCAGAAUGCGCCUGCACCUCUCAUCCUCUCGAUCAUUCUCAUCCUCGUAGGCAACACGGCAUUUGCUAUUUUGAUGCGUUUCCUGAUUUGGGUUUGCUAUUGUUUGACUCCCAAACAUAAAGUAAUGCGACGGGAAACGUUUCGGUACUUACUGGAUCAUCCACGACGUUGUUACACGACUUUGUUUCCUGCCACACAGACGUGGUGGUUGCUGAUUGUUUUGGUGGCAAUCACGUUGGUGGAACUGAUUUGCUUUUUGGCUUUGAAUUAUUGGUUGCCGGUAUUGGCAGGUAUCAGUUGGGGAUCCCGAUUUUUGGAUGGCUUGUUUCAAUCUGUUGCCACUCGUAAUGGUAAAGUAUUGCAAUGAGCACAUUCGUUUAUUACUAGAAGAAGACUGAAAAAUAGAACGUCGUUUGGGGCGAGAGUAUUAACAGCAGCCGCCUUUUCUUCCUUUUUACUUUUCUUUUUUCUCUUUUUUUCUACAAUAUCAACUGUCAUAGCUGGAUUCAGUGUAGUAUCGCUUGCGGAUUUAAACCCUGGCGCACAAUUAGUUUAUAUAGUAGCUAUGUAUAUCAGUGUCUAUCCCGUGGCUAUAUCGAUGCGUAACAGUAACAUUUAUCAGGUAAAAAAUUCAACAUGUGUCAUGCCGAGAAGAAAAGAGGAA